AUGUCAUUUGAAGCAGGAACUAAGUGUUGGUACCCUCAUAAAGAACAAGGCUGGAUAGGCGGCGAAGUCACGAAGAAUGAAUUCUGUGAAGGAACGUACCACUUAGAGUUGAAGUUGGAGGAUGGGGAAACUGUGUCCAUUGAAACGGACAGCUUGGAAAAUGAUGGGCAUCAUCCCACGUUACCUGUACUGCGGAACCCGCCUAUCCUAGAGUCUACUGAUGACUUAACUACUCUGUCAUAUCUGAACGAACCUGCAGUGCUGCAUGCUAUAAAAAAAAGAUACAUGGAUGGACAAAUAUAUACUUAUUCUGGUAUUGUCCUUAUUGCCGCAAAUCCCUUUGAUAAAGUCGACCAUUUAUACUCCCGCGAGAUGAUACAGAAUUAUUCUAGUAAGCGUAAGGAUGAGCUGGAACCGCACCUUUUUGCCAUUGCGGAGGAGGCCUUCAGGUUCAUGGUCCAUGAAAAGGCUAACCAGACGGUUGUAGUUAGUGGUGAAUCCGGUGCUGGUAAGACCGUUUCCGCUAAAUACAUUAUGAGGUACUUCGCCUCAGUCCAAGAGAGCAACAAUGGUGAAGGAGAAAUGGAAAUGUCUCAGAUUGAGAGUCAAAUCUUAGCUACCAACCCAAUCAUGGAAGCCUUUGGUAAUGCCAAAACCACAAGAAACGAUAAUUCCUCCCGUUUCGGUAAAUAUUUGCAAAUUUUAUUUGAUGAGAAUACUACCAUUAGGGGGUCCAAAAUUAGAACAUAUCUCUUGGAGAAAUCCAGGUUAGUUUAUCAGCCCCAGACAGAAAGAAACUAUCACAUUUUCUACCAAAUUUUGGAAGGGUUACCAAAACCGUUGAAGCAAGAAUUGCACUUGUCAUCUGCAAAAGACUACCAUUAUACUAACCAGGGUGGACAACCGGAUAUAGUCGGUGUAGAUGACGCUCAAGAAUACAAGAUAACCACAGACGCUCUGUCAUUGGUGGGCAUAACCCACGAGACUCAACUUGGAAUUUUCAAAAUUCUUGCAGGCUUGCUACAUAUAGGUAAUAUUGAGAUGAAAAUGACCAGAAACGACGCAUCAUUGUCAUCCGACGAACCAAACCUGCAGAUUGCAUGUAAAUUAUUGGGUAUUGAUGCCUUCAAUUUUGCAAAAUGGAUUGUCAAGAAGCAAAUCAUUACGAGGUCUGAAAAAAUUGUCACGAAUUUGAAUUACAAUCAAGCGCUAAUUGCUAGAGACUCUGUGGCGAAAUUUAUUUACUCUACGCUUUUUGAUUGGUUAGUGGACAAUAUUAACAAGACGUUAUAUGAUCCUGAGCUAGACCAACAGGACCAUGUUUUUUCCUUUAUUGGUAUCUUAGAUAUCUACGGCUUUGAACAUUUUGAAAAAAACUCGUUUGAACAAUUUUGUAUAAAUUAUGCCAAUGAAAAACUACAACAGGAGUUCAACCAGCACGUUUUCAAAUUGGAGCAAGAAGAAUAUGUUAAAGAAGAAAUUGAGUGGUCUUUCAUUGAGUUCAGCGACAACCAACCCUGCAUAGACUUGAUUGAAAAUAAGCUUGGCAUACUUUCUCUAUUGGAUGAAGAAAGUAGAUUACCAUCAGGUUCGGAUGAAUCAUGGACUUCAAAACUAUAUUCCGCCUUCAAUAAACCGCCCUCAAAUCAGGUUUUUUCGAAGCCAAGAUUUGGACAAACGAAGUUUAUAGUGAGCCAUUAUGCUGUUGAUGUGGCAUAUGAAGUAGAAGGCUUUAUUGAAAAGAAUAGGGACAGUGUUUCCUCAGGACAUUUGGAUGUUUUCAAAGCAACGACAAAUCAAAUUUUCAAACAAAUUUUAGACAACGAAGAACCUAGGACCGAUGAUGCUCUUCAAGAACAAAGUACUGAAAAAAAGAUAACGAUGCCACCAAGAUUAAGUCAAAAGAAACCAACCCUAGGAUCUAUGUUCAAAAAAUCUCUGGGAGAAUUGAUGGCUAUCAUAAAUUCCACAAAUGUUCAUUAUAUUCGUUGCAUAAAGCCAAAUUCUGAAAAAAUGUCAUGGAAGUUCGAUAAUUUGAUGGUCUUAUCACAAUUAAGAGCGUGUGGUGUGCUAGAAACAAUCAGGAUUUCAUGUGCAGGCUUCCCAUCAAGAUGGACUUUUGACGAAUUCGUUCAAAGAUAUUUCGUCUUGACAGACUACAGCCAAUGGAGUAAGAUUCUUCACAAUCCAGACCUUCCAAAAGAAACCAUCGUAAACUUCUGUCAAUCUAUUUUAGAUGCCACUAUCUCAGAUUCAGCUAAAUACCAAAUUGGUAAUACCAAAAUUUUUUUCAAAGCAGGAAUGCUUGCAUUUUUGGAAAAAGUAAGGACUAAUAAAAUGAAUAGAAUAUGCAUCAUAAUACAGAAAAAGAUAAGAGCAAGAUACUAUAGACUUCAGUAUUUGCAGACCAUGGAAUCAAUAAAGAAGUGUCAAAAUCAAAUCAGAAGUCUAUUGGUCCGUGCAAGGGUCGAUCGUGAGCUUAAGACAAGAGCUGCCAUAUUACUUCAAAGUAACAUUAGAGCUGUAUGCAAACGGCGGUACUAUAGAGCUGCCAUUAGACAAAUAAUGCAACUGCAGUGCACUUGUAAAAGAAAAUUGAUUUUAGAUAAUAUUAACAGGCAAUUCAUACUCAUGGCUACGAUAAGCAUUCAAAGCUACGUCAGAUCAUAUGGUCACAAGACAUAUUACAGAACAGCAAAGAAGAGCUCCAUACUUGUACAAAGCACCAUGAGAAUGCAGCUAGCAAAACGAAGGUACAUAGUCCUGCAAAAGGAAGAAGAAGAACGCAAUAUUAAGGCUAAUUACGGAACUGGAUUAUUGGAGGAAGCUAUUGAAUUUAAAAACUCGUUCAUUAUGAAUCUAGAGAUGUUAAAUGACUCGUAUAUAAGAUUAACCCAAUUGUUGCAGGGGGAUUUUUCAAAUAUUUCCUCUAAGGAAAGACAAGAGUAUGAAACGAUAGUUAACGGUUAUAAUGACAAGAUUUCCAAGCUGAAGACGUUACAAGUUGAAAUUAUGAAUGCUUUGAACGAAAAGAAUGCCUUAAAGGAGAGAAAAAAGAAGCAAUCCUCUUUAAUACACUCACAUAUGCAAAGUUUGACUCAUAUAAAAGGUAGCAAACCUUCAAGGUUAAGCGAUGAAGUCAGAUCAAUUAAGCAAGAACUUGCGUUUAUUGAGAACGUGAUAGCACAAGAUUUUACCACUACAUAUUCUGCUAAUAAAAAUGAUAAGGUGAAAGGUUUGGGGAUCGCGGGACAGCAAGUAAAACCGAAGCUAGUCAAUGUGAUCCGUAGAGAAACUGGAAAUCCUGAUCUGCUAGAGUUACUAAUGGACCUAAAUUGUUACACAUUAGAAGUCACAGAAGGUUAUUUGAAAAAAGUAAAUGCUACUGAAGUGAAUGAAGACAAUGUUUUGGGUCCUAUACACGUCAUUACUACAGUAGUGAGUAGCUUAGUGAGAAACGGAUUGUUGAUUCAAAGUAGCAAGUUCGUUUCGAAAGUCUUAUUAACUAUAGAAAGCAUUGCUAUGAAUCUACCAAAGGACCAAACAAUGCUUGGCGGCAUCUUUUGGUUAAGUAAUCUUUCCAGAUUUCCCGCAUUUGCCGCAAACCAGAAAACAUUAUAUGAAGAGAAUGGCAGUGAUGAAAAAGAUAAGUUAACACUGGUAUAUUUGAAUGAUUUGGAGAACGAAACCUUAAAAGUAUUCGACAAGAUUUAUUCCACCUGGUUAGUGAAGUUGAUGAAGCACGCCUCAACCAGUAUGGAGAUCAGUGGUAUGGUUUUGAACGAGAAGCUGUUUAAAGAUCCUGGUGAUGAAAAGUUUGCUAAAUUAUUCACAUUUUUAAAUGAGUUUGAUGCGGUUAUGUGUAAAUUUCAAGUUGGCAACUCAAUGCGUACAAAAAUUUUCAAUGACACCCUGAAGUGUCUGAACGUGAUGUUAUUUAAUGACCUAAUUACUAAAUGUCCCGCAUUAAACUGGAAGUAUGGGUACGAAGUGGAUAAAAAUAUAGGUCAAUUGACAGGCUGGUUUGAGCCAAGAAUUGAAGAUGCUCGUUCCAAUCUAAUUCAAAUGGUUCAGGGUGUAAAGAUAUUACAGCUGAAGAUGGGCAGUUUAAAUGAGUUCAAGCUGCUAUUUGACUUCUGGUAUGCUUUGAAUCCAGCGCAAAUACAAGCAAUCCUGUUGAAAUACAAGCCAGCUAACAGAGGCGAAGCUGGAGUACCGAACGAAAUCUUGAAUUAUUUGGCUAACUUGGUGAAAAGAGAAAAUUUGUCAUUGCCUGGAAAGAUGGAAAUUAUGCUUUCUACCGAAUUCGACUCUGCUAAAAAUCAUCUGCAUUAUGACACCGGUGCAAUACCACAUAACUGCAAUACAGAGGGCUUGACAAAUGUCAAUAAGAUUAUAGAACUAAGCAGGAAAAAAUAA